UCAGAAUGACAGAUGCACAGGCAGAUGAUACCACACGUUUCCACCAUGUAGACGCAGACUGGCAGAUGGACUCCGCUUCACAUUCACACUUGAAUCCAGCAUGUAUCCUGCUCUGACUGCACACACCGGCUGACGUGUUCGGAUUUUUCUGCAGAGAUAAACAAAAACACUAACGCAGAAAAUGGCUGCCGCAGGUAUCCUCUUCACUUUGUGGAUGGCCACAGUCUUUCCCACUGGACUCGGAUGCCCUGCGCUCUGUUCCUGCGCAGAUAAAUAUGGCCGCCACUUUGCUGAAUGCUCCUACAAAGACUUAGCUGAGGUACCGGACGGUUUGCCUGCUAAUGUGACGACUGUGAGUCUGUCCGCUAACAAGAUCAGUGUGAUACCGUUGGGGAGCUUUGACAAUGUCACUCGCGUGACGUCGCUGUGGAUGGCCCACAAUGAGAUCGUCACAAUCGAAGAAGGGUCUCUCACGCCUUUGGUUCAUCUGCGUAACUUUGACAUCGGCCACAAUAGAAUCGUAGACUUCCCUUGGGAGGAUCUGCAGAACCUCACAGGCCUGCAGCUGCUGAAGAUGAACCACAACGAGAUGGUCCACCUGCCGAGGGACGCCUUCUACAACCUCAAAGACCUGAGGUCACUCCGACUCAACAAUAACAAUUUCAUUACGAUAAUUGAUGGGACGUUUGACGGUUUGGUGUCUUUGUCCCACUUGCAGGUUUAUAAAAAUCCUUUUGCAUGCACCUGCUCCCUCGACUGGCUCAGAGACUGGAUUUCAAAGACCAUGAUCACGGUCCCAGAGCAGAAUUUAAUCACUUGUGCUACUCCACCCAAACUUAGAGGAGAAGUGAUUGGAAAGUUGCCUGAGUCAAAGUGCACAAGCCCGAAUGUGACAAUACAAAUCAAGCCAAAUGUUCACAACAAGACUUUCCACGAGGGCGGUGUGUUGGUCUUGACUUGUGAAUUCGUAGGAAAUCCAAAACCUCUGGUCAUGUGGAAUAUCCAAAGCAAAAGCCAGAGGCAAGAGCUGGUGUUGUCCUUCACUGAGGAUGACUCAGCAGAAUCGAAAGAGGACUCCAUGCUGUCCUAUAAUCCUUUCAAAGUCUUUAACAAUGGCACUCUUAUCAUUUCACAAAUCCGGAAAGAAGAUGGUGGCAACUACAGCUGCUCGGCCACAAAUGAGUUUGGAAGAAGCGAGGUUUCGGUGUCAGUGGACGUGGUGGCUUUACCUAAACCAACACCAAGAAAACCAAUUUCCACAACGCCUGUUUUUACUAAAACGCACCCAUCUAUACGCCAAACAACAGGCAAACCAUUGUUUUUAGAUUCUGUGCGUCACUUUGAUAUCAAGAGAAAAGACUUCAUUAAAGUAGUACCUACUUUCCCGCCCACUGUGGAGAUCAAGUCUUCUGAGGAGUCAACAACAUCCCCAUCACAUGCUAGUAAAUGUGGCUUGACUGCUAACACGAGAUACAUUUCUAGUCAUGUCUUUAAUGAGAGCGUGGAAGAUAUCAAGCAGUACACAUUUGACUUUGGAGUCAUUGCAUUAGGAGUGUCAGAAACAGAGGCAACAGUGCGACUCAAUCCUCUUCUCAUACCGAGAGACAGUGGCAUCAACCAAGCCCCAAAAACUGCCGCAACGUCUAAUGAGAGCUUCCACAAUGACAGUGAAAAGCAUCACGGCCUUUCUGCUGUCGGUAAAAACUCAAAUGGCUUGUAUCUGUGCGUUGCUGCUGAUCUCAGACAUUCGGCCGUGCAGUGGUCAAGAAUCAAAGAUGGCGUCAACACAUAUAUGUUCAGUGGUUUACGUCCCGACACCAACUACUCCCUGUGUCUGACGUACAGAGGGGAGGACUGUGAGGUCCAGGUUCUGUUCAGCACCAGGAGGAGGGUGCCUAACCUGCUCAUCAUCAUCUCCGUCAGCAUCUGCCUCCUGACCGUGUCCACCGUGCCUCUACUCGGUGCAACGUGCUUCCACCUGGUGUACAAAUACCGCAGCAAGACCUACAAGCUGAUCCUGAAGGCCAAAGAUCAGUACCACAUGGAGAGGAACCUCGCCCCUAACUUCAGGGCACCUCACACCGAGUCCCGGAGGAAGAUUAAUGGAAGCCAGCUGGACGAGGAGGAGGGGGAGACAGAGAGCGGAGACGGGGACAAAGAGGCGGAUACAGAAGAAAGUGUGAUGACUGAGUCCUUUUCUCUGUCUCAGUGCAGGGGGAACUUAGACAACUGUGAGGUCGGGUCUGAGUUUAGUGAUAGGUUACCUUUGGGAGCUGAAGCAGUAAAUAUUACAAGCAACUACGCUUAUCCAAACCAGUAAUUGUUAUUAUGUUAUUGAAUUAUUUUGCCUUUGGGUAAAAAGAAUUUUUAUUAUUAGUUUGUGCCAAAGGUUUUAGUUAGCUUUAGCCUUGCAAAGGCAGCAAAGACAUAUUGUCUGAAAAGACUUGUUUUACUUGCAGAGCUGCAUCAAUUAGUCACUACAGAGGCUUCCAGAUUCAAGGCUCUAUCUAAUAAAGGAUUAUCUUAUUUGACUUUAUCUUGUCCGGGGAUGUUUUCCAGACAAACAUUUGAGUAAAAGCUGAACUACAUACUGGCCCAUAUUUUUUGUAGCUGGAAAUAUCACGUCUUGUUGUCCUAUUCUUUCAAAAUAGGCAACCUAUUUCAUUUUCCAUAAAGUGUGUCUGGAUCCAGAUCUUUGCCAAAAUACAAAUAGUGAUAGACAAUCAUCGGAGGCAUGAACAAGAUAUGUUGUGUGUUUAAGGAAUUACAAUAGUAAGAAAACCUGAAUCUUUUAGUACAACUAUCUUUUAGUCCACCUAUACCAAAUAUCUGUAUAAUCUGUUUGGAUUUCCACUUGAUAAUAGAACAACUGGAAAAUAUAACCUCCAAGCUCCAAGUAUGGAAUAACACAUUAUUUAUUCAUUUUUGCAAUAAUUACCAUCUCACUGUACAUUAUCCUGCUGAAUACAUUGCUCCACACUUAAGAAACCACUCUCUUUACGCAAUUUAGUUAUUUUAAAUGAUUUUAUAGAGUUUAAAAUGUUUAUUGAUUUUCUUAAAUAAAUAGUCUAUUCUAGUCUACGAGAUCAGAACUGCGUCCAUGACUAUCUGUUAUUUAUAGCAGCGGCCUGCAAUUAAGAAAUAACAUACUGUAAAAUGCCACAAUUGACCAAUCAGAAUAGAGUUUUAAACAGUCAUGUAAUAAUAAACAUUUGUAGAAGUGAACAUAAAGGCUUUAUUGUUUAUUUGUUUUAAAUGAAUUUCCAAAAUGUUCUUUUCAGACAAAAACCCUGAAAAGUUUUUCUUUGGCCUGAAAACAAUCUUACAAAUGUAUCAUUAUAAACGAAAAACCUCUGAUUGCUGCCAACAUGGCACCAGGAUGAGGACUUUCUUCAGAGUGUAAAAAUGUAACAAAGCUUGUGUCACAAAUAUAACGCAUUGCAAACUGAAAUCAACUAGAUUCAGGCAGUAGUAAAUGUGCUAACUGUAACUAAAAUAUACCAAUACUCUGUGCAGUAGUUUGGAGAUGAUUUAUUUUGGCUUCAUUGGAUACAUAUUCUAUCAUAAGCUUUCAGCAUAAUGUAACUCAGAUAGGCCAACAAGGAAAACUCAUUGUCCUGUGUUCAGGCUUUAUCUAGCCCAUGACAAAAGACUUGGGCUAAUCAAAGGUCAUUUCAAAUAGCUAUCCGUUCACAUAGCUUCGGGAAAGGCCAGAAAGAAGGGCAAAAGUUGCUAUGCCAGUAUUGGCAACAAUUGCCUGCACUGCAAAACAAACCAAAAUGAAACACAAACUGAUCACAAAGAGAGUGACGAUAAAGGAGAAGAGUUUCAGAGAUCUGGAGAAAAUGUACUUAUAGUUUAGCCUUCUGUGAUCUACUCCUUCGAUACAGCCAUUAACGGCAAUGGUUAGCAUCAUAUUAAACUAUUAACGAGUAUAUGUUUUUGUUGAGGUACAACAUGGAUUUAAACGUGCUAAAAGCUUGUUAUGAAUUAUUUGUCCAAUAAUGCCAAAAAUAACUCCCUUCACCAGCUUUAGUCAUCUCAUGAGAGUUUAAAACGUUUAGAAAAACUGUGUUGUUUCAAAGAGAAACACAAUGUGUCCCAGAGCUAUGAGCUUUUCAGUUGUACUGUGAGCAAUUUCUAUGAAGAAAGAACGGUUUUCAUGUUGAAUAAAACUUGGUGUUUGAAAAAAGCUCUCUAUGUUGCUGGUAAAUGUGGACAGCUCAGUAUUAUCCACCACAUGUACUGCAGUGUGUAACAGUACGGGCACUUAUGAGCGCCUCUGUGAAGUUAUUGCCUUGUUGUACCUGGGUCAUGUGUCCAUCCUGUUGUAUUUCCAAGAGUAUUGUGUUAGGAGACCUGCAUGCUGUCUGUUGUCCUGUAUGCUGCGUCUUGGGUAAAUAUUCUUGACAUAAAGAGUAACUUCUGUAUUUGUCUUUAUUUGUUUUAUACCCCUGUAAUAAAGGUAGUAGUAGGAUUUACCAAAGUGUUGAAAUAUCCUCGCUAACUCUCCACUAACUGUGCCUCAAUAAAGUUUUGACAAAGGAAUACUGAA